ACAAAACGGCGAAACUCUCCUCUGGCUCUACUCGAUAUUUGGACCCACCAUCUCAGCCGUACGAUCUCCAUCCCCUUAUCUCAUCACUCCGCUCAAAUUCUCGAUUUGCGAUCCGACCGCUCCUUGCUUGAUCCGCCCAGAUCUGUAGUAGCUCGACCGUUCUCCUCUCUUUCGUUUGAUUCUAGGUUUAAUAGAGCGGAUCUCGUGAUGGAUUUCAUGAAGGUUUUGGAUCAGACCGUUCGAGAGAUAAAGAGGGAGGUGAAUCUGAAAGUGCUCAAGGUCCCGGAGAUCGAGCUGAAGAUGGGAGAUCAUACUAAUCCCGAUGACGUCAUUUCGACCGUCACAGCGCCUGCGCCUCCCGCUCCAAUUCCUUCUAGGACCCCAGCGAGCCGAGCUAGCGACUUCCUUGAAGAAAGCUAUCGCAUCGUAACUUUGAAGCAACGCUAUGAUAAGUACAGACACUAUGUUGAAAUCAAAAGACAAGGAAUCUUUGAUUCUCUGGUCACGUUAUACCAGGCAAUCUUUAGCUUAAAACAAAGAGACUUCUGUGGACUACAUGAAGCAUUCCCACUCCCCGGAGGAAUCAGCUUCAUCACGUACGCCGCUCGUGCAUACGUUUCAAUGUGGUUCUACGACCUCUACGUCUCAAACCGAGAGGCUGCUAGGGCAAUCGACCCUAUUGCAUUCACACAAUACUACUUGCAUGAAGAAGUUCACAGAAGUUAUGAAUAUGACGAAUUUCUGUGCCUACUACAUGCUGCUAUUCACCCUACUCACAUCAAAGGAAUUAGUGAAAAUGUAAUGUACGUGCCAGUUAUAAACAAAGAAACAAACUGGAAUAACAUCAUCAAUCCGUUUAACAUCGACGGCUUCACAGACAACUUUGACUUAGCACAAUGUGUGCUAAUGAGAAUGUGUGAUAGUAGAGCUUGGAAUAUAUCAUCACUCGUCUCAACCACGACUGGAAGACCAUCCUGGUUAUUCGACUGGCACGACAAUGAAAUGUGCUUAGCGUGGUUCCCUUUUGAAGGCAACUACACUGCUGAUGAUGUGACCAUAGCCUACAUCAUUGGAGAGGCCUGUUCUCCAAACCUGGCCUACCAAGAUGUGGACGACUGGCAAAACUUCCCCAACAACAUUGUUCCCAGAAACGUUUCGUGGACUGAAGCAAAUCGCACAAUGCCCAGAAGAUUUCAUGGAACUUAUGAAGUGAGAAGUGGCGAAGUAAGAGAACAUGUUUUAGACAUGAGUCUUUUCCUCGCGCCGACAGACACAAGCUCAAAGAAGCGGAAGACAACUGACGCUUCUGGUUCCGACACUCAAGGACAUACUUUGAGGAUCACUGGAACUGAACCAACCCCCACCUCUUCAACAACUGACCCAAUGGAAUACACUGCAACGGUCAAUCAAUAUCGCAUCGUUGACUGGAUUUACUAUGUUCUUGAUGCAACCACCAACCAGCGACGAACCCUGGGGUCUUCAUGGAUCUGCUCUGGCAGAGCUUGCUCAGGCCACAAAAAAAUUGACAAUGUUGAUCUCUUUGCUAGUCAACCUGCCUUUCCUCCCCCUCCUGCUGCAAAUGUUGCAAAUGUUGAUUUAUUUGGAGCAUCUGAAGUGAAGUACUCUACCUCAGAGCCGGAACACUCGACAACAUUUGAUCCUUUUGCAGUUCCUGAUUCAAGCAAGCAUGCUGACACAAAGUCCUCUGCUUCAGAAGCUACAAACACAAAAGCCUUUGAUCCUUUUGCCGCGAUUCCACUGAACAAUUUCGAAGAAUCCGACUCCUUUGGCGCCUUCACAUCUCAUACUCAGUCUGUGACAACAGAGCCUCAACAAAAUGCGACAAAGAACAGCCUCCGCAGCUUGGAACAGACAUCUUCAAUGGCAUCCAAGCCUGCACCCAUGAAGAACGCUUUACAAGUCGAGUCAGGGGUAUGGGCUGAUUCUUUAAGCCGUGGAUUGAUUGAUCUAAACAUCACAGCCCCCAAGAAGGCAAAUCUAGCAGAUAUUGGAAUAGUCGGUGGACUUGUCGAUACUUCAAACAAUGGAAAAGGAACGGCGACACCGUGGUAUAUGGCUGAUACUACUGUGGGCAAGGUUUUAAAUAUCGAUUAUUGGGGAUUUAUUGGACGGCCAAAAUUCUUAUCGGAUAGCAGAAAUCAGGAAUAUGUUGGGGAUAAGUAGUAUUUAUCAGAGUGAUAUAAUGUGUAUAUAUAAUAUAAUACCCCCAAAUUGUAAUCUAACCAUACUCCCCUCUUUCAUUCUCUCAAUAUUCACUAAAUGACUAGAGAAAAAACCAACUGAAUAGUGAA